GGCGAGUCGGGAGGGAAAUGAGUGGAGGGAGGGAGGCUCUUAUCUCGGUGUAAAAUUAGACAUAACCACAAUGAAUUGUGUGUUGUUUUUAUCGAAGUCGCUCUUUUGUCUUUUUUGAACGUUGACGGCACAGCUCCGGAGGAACGUUGGGGACAUUGGAGGACUGGCGAGGCGUUUUAACGCCGACUUUACUGGCGUCGGAACAUUCCCGACACACCGAUAACGGUUAAUUUUUUUCCGCAGCCAGAAUGCCGCGGGACAACAAAACUCCUCUUAUCCAGAAAAUAGCAAAGCAAGCCUACAUCACUUUUAAAUGUUUAAAAACAGCCAACGGGGAUAAUAAACUCGUUGCGGACCAACAUAAUGAACUAAUCUCCUUAAUGACCGCGGUCAGGGCUGCUGACCUGAGAAUUGCUCCCCGGAAAACCAAAAAGAGCACCGGGGUAGCGGAGCUCCACAACCCCCCGGUCACCUACAUGCACAUCUGCGAGACGGAGGUGUUCAGCAUGGGGGUGUUCCUGCUGAGGACCGGCGCCUCCAUACCGCUGCACGACCACCCGGGCAUGAACGGGAUGCUGAAGGUUCUCUACGGGAAGGUGAGCGUCCGCUGUUUUGAUAAGCUGGAGGACCCACUGACAGGUGGCACCGUCCCACCUGAUUUCGAGCCUGCGUUGGCCCCAUCCCAGACGAACUCCCAGUGGCGCUCCGUGCUCCGCUCCGUCGUUGAGUACUCAGAGAACAGCGGACCGUGCCUUCUUACUCCUCUGCGGGAUAACCUCCACCAGAUCGACACGGUGGAGGGGCCGGCUGCUUUCCUGGAUAUCCUGGCACCUCCGUACAAUCCAGACGACGGGCGGGACUGUCACUAUUACAAAGUCCUGCAGACUGUGGCAGAGGGGGACAUGGAUGAAAAGAGCAACGAGGAGCAGCAGGGAGAGGAGAAGGAGAAAGAAGACGUGGCGUGGCUGCUAGAAAUCCCUCAGCCAGAGGACUUCUGGUGUGGUGGGGAACCCUACCCAGGCCCUGCAGUUUCUUUCUGAAUGAAACCUCCGAUCAGAGGAACUAUUCUGCCAUAUAUGACAAUGAUACAAUAGUCACAUCCUUCCAUCCACAAGGGGAGACUUAGUUUUUACCUGGGACUCAAACGCCUUGCUCAGGGAUGCUACAGCAGGGCAGAGGCUUAUAAUAACAAGGACUUCAACUCUGACACCCUACAGAGAAUAGGGACCAAGGAACUGCCUUCCACAAAUUGACAAUAAUCUCAUCAGUACUGAGAUAAGAGUUGACACAAGGAAUAUGCAUCCUAAUAUGGUAUAUUUUCUUUGGACCGUUAUGUUGCCUUGUACACACAUGAAUGUCUUUAGCCAAACGUUCUGUAAAUGGCGAGGUGUCAUUAGGAUCUUUAUCUGUCAAUCUUGGAAAGCCUUUUACACAUUUUUUCACUCUGCUACAGAGGACUUUCACAUUGUGACGUGUCUUAAUGCCAAAUACUGGGGCUCAACACUGACCUGCCUUAUUUGUGAAGAUGGAAUGUAUAAUUAUUUAGAGUAUUUCUACUGUACGCACUCAUUUCUAUUUCCAAAGUGCACACACUACAUUAUAUAGUCUACUUUAAUUGUAUUUUGUUUUUAACUUAUUCCAGAUAACAUUGUUCCUACACAGCUCUGGUCAGUUAAGGGACAAAAAGAUGAUGUUUAACUACUUCUUCAUAUUCUGUGAUGUAUUAUACUGUCAUUUCACUUCAUCCACAGUGGUAUGGCCUAUAUAAUGCAUCAUAUUCAAACCCAGUCCAAAACAUCAUCUACAUAAAUAUAUAUUUUAAAAUGAUAGCUGUGUUAGAACACAAAGGUCCCAUGGCAUGAAAAUUUUACUAUGAGGUUUUUUAAUAUUAAUAUGAGUUACCCCAGCCUGCCUAUGGCCCCCCCAGAGAGAGUUCAUGGCUUUCCAACACGUAAAAUGGCAGUUGGUCAAGGCCACUCUCCCAGCCUCCACCUUGCCUCCACCUUGCCCCCCCCAAAAGUUACAGACUCAGAAAUGGCACAUACUAAGGAAAGCUCAUUGUGGGACUGGCUCCAGUGGCUGUAAUUCUGCACGCAGGCAGAAUUUUGGGAAAUGCGUUAGAUACAGUAUUAGGGACCACUAAAGUCUAUGUAAAAGAGACUUCAGAUACAGUAUUAGGGGACCACUAAGGUCUAUAUAAAAGAAACUUCAGAUACAGUAUUAGGGACCACUAAAGUCUAUGUAAAAGAGACUUCAGAUACAGUAUUAGGGGACCACUAAAGUCUAUAUAAAAGCAUCCAAAGAGCACAUGUCAUGGGACCUUUAAACAUGUUAUAAAGCCUUUACACUUACACUUUUACAUGUAGCUUUAAAAACCUUAUAUCCUUCUAAUCUGUAUGUUACAUUACUAUAGCUUAUUUUUGUAGCUAAACAGCUCCUUUGGCCUAUAUUAGACUUCACACUGGUCUAUGUACAAGUUUGGCUCUUGUUGUAUUUCGACAAGGUUCUGGGGCCUUUUACGUUCCUGCAGUCGAAACACGGCUACAGAUUCAGAUGUUGAAUGUAUGUGGGACAAUAAAAUAGAUGGGAAUAAUCAUGGAACAUCUA